AUGACUUCAAUGGGCCGUCCUUCUGAUCAGAACCUUGAAACCAAAGAGAUCGAUCUGAGAAGUAUGUCGUCUUCUUCACAUGGUCAGGUACCACAAGUCUACAAAGUGGCAGUUCCUCCAAGACAGAACCUCUUCAAGGAAUUCCAAGACAUCAUUAAAGAAAUAUUAUUUGCUGAUGAUCCUCUAAGACCCUUCAAAGAUCAAUCUAUAUCAAGGAAGUUCAUCCUCGGUAUUGAGGCCAUAUUUCCAAUACUUAAGUGGGGAAGAAGUUACAACCUUAAAAAAUUUAGAGGGGAUUUAAUAUCUGGUCUCACUAUUGCGAGUCUUUGCAUUCCUCAGGAUAUUGGAUACGCCAAGCUUGCACAUUUGUCUCCACAGUAUGGACUGUACUCAAGUUUUGUUCCACCAUUGAUCUAUGCUGUCAUGGGUAGCUCUCGUGAUAUUGCUAUAGGACCUGUAGCAGUGGUUUCUCUCUUGUUGGGGACCCUACUUAGUAAUGAGAUUGAUCCUAUUAAAAAUGCGGAAGAAUAUCAGCGACUUGCUUUUACAGCCACUUUUUUUGCUGGGAUUACUCAAGCAACGCUUGGUGUUCUUAGAUUAGGAUUCUUGAUCGACUUCCUAUCCCAUGCUGCUAUUGUCGGUUUUAUGGGGGGUGCUGCUAUCACAAUUUCCCUUCAACAGCUCAAAGGUUUUCUUGGCAUUAAAACUAAAAUGUUCACAACGAAAACUGAUAUUGUCUCUGUGCUGCAUUCAGUAUUCCAUACAGCCCAUCAUGGAUGGAACUGGGAAACUAUAGUCAUUGGAGCUAGCUUUUUGAGUUUUCUUCUGGUCACCAAAUACAUUGGAAAGAAAAACAGGAGAUUAUUCUGGCUGCCAGCAAUUGCUCCAUUGAUAUCCGUUAUUUUGUCCACUUUUUUUGUAUUCAUAACCCGUGCAGAUAAGCAAGGAGUAGAAAUUGUGAGAAAAAUAGAAAAAGGAAUCAAUCCAUCAUCUGUUAAAGAUCUUUAUUUAACAGGAGAAAACCUUGGAAAAGGUUUUAAAGUUGGCAUCGUGGCAGGCAUGAUAGCAUUGACUGAAGCCUCGGCAAUUGGAAGAACAUUUGCAUCUAUGAAGGACUAUCAACUAGAUGGAAACAAAGAAAUGGUUGCACUAGGAACAAUGAAUAUUGUUGGUUCGAUGACUUCCUGUUAUGUGGCGACUGGUUCUUUCUCUCGGUCAGCAGUAAAUUUCAUGGCUGGCUGCCAAACUGCAGUCUCUAACAUUGUGAUGUCAGUAGUUGUGUUCUUAACCCUGGAAUUCAUCACUCCACUUUUUAAGUACACUCCAAAUGCCAUUCUUUCUGCCAUCAUCAUUUCUGCUGUCAUCAACCUUAUAGACUAUGAGGCAGCAAUUUUGAUUUGGAAGAUAGAUAAAUUUGACUUUGUCGCUUGCAUGGGUGCAUUCUUUGGCGUUGUUUUUGUCUCGGUUGAGAUAGGACUUCUAAUUGCUGUCUGUAUAUCCUUUGCAAAGAUCCUACUACAAGUAACAAGACCCCGAACCGCAAUUCUGGGGAAGAUUCCUAGGACUAAUGUCUAUAGAAACAUCCAACAAUAUCCAGAAGCUAGUAAGGUUCCAGGUGUACUGAUUGUAAGAGUUGAUUCUGCAGUAUAUUUUUCCAACUCCAAUUAUGUCAAAGAAAGGACAUUAAGAUGGCUGACGGAUGAAGAAGAAAAAGUGAAAGGAGACUACCCCACAAAAAUCCAGUUUUUGAUAGUUGAAAUGUCACCCGUUACUGAUAUUGAUACAAGUGGCAUCCAAGCCUUCGAAGAGUUACAUAGAAGUCUUCAAAAGAGAGAAAUUGAGCUUCUUCUGGCAAAUCCUGGUCCAGUAGUGACAGAGAAGCUUUACGCAUCCAAUUUUGCAAACGCCAUAGGAGAGAAGAUCUUCCUCACCGUUGCAGAGGCUGUUGCAUAUUGUUCUCCAAAGGUGGCCGAGGACCCUUGAAAAAGAUGAAAUAUUGUUGAGAGUAGAGACCAGAAAUCUUCAGUAUAGUAGUUAGGUAGUAAAGCAUUAGACAGAAAAAGGUGUAGUGGAAGAAGUGGGCUAUCAGAUAGUGCUGGUUGUAGGAUCCUUAUCCUAAAGUGUGUAGAUUAAAGUUAAUAUUUUGAAAAGAAAGAUAAAAUUAGAAGGUACACUUUUACUUGGUUGUUUGUAUGAAGUAUAUAUGGUCUCAUUUUCAGAAGGGAAGCAGUUGUUCAUCAUCCCUUCCUCUCUUAUUGAACCACAGAAAUUAUUAGAAGAAUAUAUAAAACAAAUAAAUUGUACCUUUUUUUUUCCUUCCAUUUUGUGUUUGUAAUUCACUCUGUAAUUGACCAAGUUUGCGGAGAUGAAUGGAGCAGGUGGAUUUUCUUUUUCUUU